UGUUUCAAAACCAGGGGUUUCCGCAGGCGUAUGCAAUUUCUAAGUGCGUGCGUAUCAUCCAUUACACUCCGGCAGACUAUCAAAGUUUUUUCUCUAUCGUCAUUCCAGCAUCCUCUUCCCUCUUUUCAGAACAACAUCCCACACCAUUUUCAGAAAACAGAAAGCCCGCCAUGGCCUCACCCGCCAAAGAGGAUAAGAAAGGCAUCCGCUCUGUCUCUAUCUCUCAUACUGUUCUGUUAAAUCAGUUGCAGUUGUUGGCGGCGGUGUUAGUGGGCUCACUGCAGCAUAUAAGCUUAAAUCAUAUGGUUUGAGUGUCACACUGUUUGAAGCUGAAGAAAGAGCUGGAGGUAGAAUAAGAAGUGUUUCAAAAGACGGUCUUGUAUGGGAUGAAGGUGCGAAUACGAUGACAGAGAGUGAGGUAGAGGUUGGAAAUUUGAUCGAUGAUCUGGGGCUUCGGGAAAAGCAACAAUUUCCAAUUUCACAGAACAAGCGAUACAUUGUGCGAAAUGGAAUGCCAGAACUGCUUCCAUCAGAUCCCAUUGCCUUGAUCAGGACCAAUUUUCUUUCUGCACAGACAAAGUUGCAGAUAUUUUUGGAGCCACUUUUGUGGAGACAUGCUGAAGCAAAACAUAACAUCUCAAAGGUGUCUAAUGAAUGUUUACAGGAAAGUGUGGGGAGUUUUUUUCAGCGCCAUUUUGGGAAAGAGGUUGUCGACUAUCUCAUUGACCCUUUUGUUGCGGGCACAAGUGGAGGAGAUCCUGAAUCACUAUCUAUGCGUCAUGCAUUUCCUGAGAUGUGGCAUCUAGAGAAAAAGUUUGGUUCAAUCAUAGUUGGGGCUAUCCGAUCUAAAUUAUCUGGUAAAGGAGAAGAAAAUGGAAGAAAGAAAACUUCAGUGAAAAGGAAACGCCAACGUGGUUCAUUUUCAUUUCAGGGUGGGAUGCAGACUCUCACAGACAUGUUAUGCAAGGAACUUGGCAAAGAUAGUUUGAAGUUGAAGUCUAAGGUGUUUUCGUUAUCUUAUAACCUUGAUGAGACCUCUCUAUUUAACAAUUGGCGGGUUUCUUGUGCGACAAACCCUGCCAACCGUAAGGAGCCUUCACGAAAUCAAUCUUUUGAUGCAGUUAUAAUGACAGCUCCACUCUGUAAUGUCAAAGAAAUGAAAAUUGCAAAAAGGGGAAAUCCUUUUAUCCUUGAUUUUCUUCCGAAGGUGAAUUAUUUGCCACUAUCAGUUAUAAUUACCUCCUUUAAAAAGGACAAUGUCAAGCGGCCCCUCGAAGGAUUUGGAGUUCUUGUUCCUUCCAAAGAGCAGGACAAUGGUUUAAAAACACUUGGUACACUCUUUUCUUCAAUGAUGUUUCCUGAUCGAGCCCCUAACGACCAGUAUCUGUAUACUACCUUCGUUGGAGGAAGUCGGAAUAGAGAUCUUGCAAGAGCUUCAUUGGACGAGUUGCUACCUAUUGUGACUUCUGACCUUAGGAAGCUGUUGGGUGCCGAGGGACAACCUACAUUUGUGAAACAUGUGUUCUGGAGUAAUGCCUUCCCCUUGUAUGGGCAUGAUUAUGAUUCAGUGCUGGAAGGUAUAGCAAAGAUGGAAGGAGAUCUUCCCGGGUUCUUCUAUGCAGGUAACCAGAGGGAUGGACUGUCUGUGGGAAAAGCAAUAGCUUCUGGUUGCAAAGCAGCUGACCGUGUUAUCUCCUAUCUCAGCUCUUCUGAUAACAAGAUGCCUAGUGGGACCUGAUUGGCAAUAUAGGACGUUGACAAAGUUAUUUGGUAAUUGGCAUCACAAUACUCUUUUUUGUUCGCUUCUUUUUUGUCUCCUCUUCAAUUCUAAAAGUGUUUGGAUGCA